AUGCACCCACCACCCACCACCCACCACUCGAUCCUCACUCAUCACCACAGAGCGCAGUCCAAUGGACACCUUCGACGGCAACACUACAUUGUGAAAGAGAUAAAUAUGAUGUCGUCACUGCUACUGUCUCUACUUCUGCUGUCGACAGCCACCAUACGAUCCUUUUCACCAACGGCAGUGCUGAAAUGGUCUCGGAACAACCAUGUGGAUCUGGGAGUGGCAGCUCCCGACGAGCUCUUUGUACCAGAAAACCAAGAGGGAAUGAACGGUGAUAUGGGUAAUAUAAUGAGAGAUAUGGCUACAGAAGAAAGAAACUUACGUUUUGCGGGAAUUGGCAGGCUGUAUGCAAAGGGAGCCACUCCUUCUCCCGGUUCAUCUGCAACUGCUCCUUCUUAUUUGGAGGUUAUUGACCGAUUGUCACAAUCUACCGUCGUUGUGGUAGGCUUGGGAGGAGUUGGAUCAUGGGCUGCCGAGGCAUUGUGCCGUAGUGGAAUUGGAAACCUGGUACUCAUUGACUUGGAUGACAUUUGCAUAUCCAACACCAACCGACAAUUGCACGCCACAUCCACCACCGUCGGACGAUUGAAGAUUGACGAAAUGAAGCGUAGGCUUAUUGAGAUCAACCCACAGUGCAACAUCACAUUGAUCCAUGACUUUGUCACAGCGGACAAUGUCUAUGACAUCUUGGAAAACCAAUGUGGAAAUAGCACCACAGCACUUCUGGACGCCAUGGACGGGACCAAGGAGAAAACAGCCCUCUUGGCGGCAUGUGUCAACCUAAGCAUCCCUAUUGUCACCAUUGGAGCGGCAGCAGGAAGGAUGGAUCCCACCAAAAUCGUAGUUGACGAUUUGAUCCACGUGGAAAAUGAUCGAUUGCUGGCGACCUGUAGAAAGAACUUGAGAAAGUUCCAUGGAUUUGAACGAGGGCUUAAACUGUCCGAAAAGGCUAAAGUUUCCAUGAAAAAGAGAGAGUGGAAGAUCCCGACAGUCUUCUCCACUGAAGUGCCCCCGCCAGUGUGUAACGAUGACUCAUCUUCCUUUAGACGCUGCGAUGGCCCAAUGGGCACUGCAUGCUUUGUCACUGGUUCCUAUGGGUUCGUUGCCGCGUCUUUGGUGGUAGAAAUGAUUGCCACUGGCAACUUGCUUGCCCCGAAACAACAACACAAAUGA